AUGGAUCCAAUUGCUUCUGUGUUGGAGAAAGUGAAGGGCUUUGCGAAAUCGAGCCAGGAUUUAAUCUCCCGCCAAUUCGGCCUUCAAGAGAAUCCUUCACGUCAAAAUCCGAUUGAUAUCUUGAAGCGAUUACAAAGAGAAGCAUUCUCGGAUUUGAUGAAACUUAGAGAUAGACAAGAGAAAGUGGAGCGGAUAAUUUCGUCGUAUAAACUAUCGAAAGGAGGUCCUUUUCAAGAGACUAGCACUCAUGUGAAGGGUGAGGUUGAUGUGCUUGGAGCAAUGUUGAUGAUUGGAAACACUGACGAUGAGAGUUUGGAUGGACUCGAUAGAGAAGGACCGAGACCUGGAUUGCUUUCUAGGUUUCUGUUUGAAACGAGCCUUAGGGAGACGGAUAAGCUCGUGGCUGAGCUCGUUGCUGGAUACAAAGGGGAAGGAAAUUACAGUGAUGUUGGAGAGAACCAGCUUUCUUUAGCCAAAGUCUUCUACAAGGCAGAGAUUAAUGAUUGGUUCUCUGUGGUUGCUAUUCCCGUUGGGGCUCAUUUCAGAGACAUUGAUUCUGAUGUAGUGUCUUCUUACCAGGGAAUGAAUCUUACAGAAGUUUCUGAACUUGGACCACCUCUUUUAAACCAACACAAUGGUAGUGCCAUAGGUUUAACAGUCAGAAAGUCGAACGUUGCAGCUUCACUGGCCCAAUCCAUCUAUAACCUUGAAGUUGAAGAGGAUUUGAAUGCAAAGAAUCGUUGUUUCAGAACUUUUGGUCAAGUAACCUGCCACAUUCUGAGAGGUGUAAAUCUAUCUCUACUGGGCUGUCACCAAAUUUUAACACCAUCUAACAACCUCCAUUCUUCCGGAGCCAUUACAGUUCCAGUAAGUUUCCUAAGGCGCCGUAUUGCUAUGGAGCCUGAAUCAUCAGCACCGCCUCUGGAGAUUAGCAGAAGAAUGGAUCAUGUGUCGUCUAGUUCCAUUGCGUUGAGGCUAGACUCUCUACUGGAAGAGUCUACGAGAAUUGGUGGAUGGAUUGAAAUGCAGAACUCAAGAGAGAAACAAGUAAAAUGGUCAGUGUCAAUUACAGACAAACCAGAGGAUGAAGUGGGCUGGGGCAUGAGCGUUGGGGGAGUCGUCGAUGGUUCCAGAAAUCAUGAUCGGUUUCAUGUGGAAUCGUAUCUGAAAUUCAACAUAGGCAAUCGGUUUAGCUUAAGUCCAGGUCUUGUUUAUCUUACAAACAGUAACGGAAGAACAAUAGGUCUUAUGCUUCAGUCUCACUGGUCUCUGUGA